GCCGCAUCAGACCCCCGUUUUGGGACUCCUACAGGACCGGGUGAACGGCCCGGCGCGGACUGGCGCGGACCGGCUGCGAUUUCAGAGCUCGCUCGAGUUGAACUCGAAUGGCGAGCAUACGGCCCAUGAUGCUGGAUGACCUUCUCCACUUCAAUGCUGUAAAUUUGGAUGUCUUCACAGAGACCUUCAACAUGAACUUCUAUUUCAACUACCUAACCCGAUGGCCAGAAUGCUGCGCUGUGGCGGAAGCAGAUGGGUCCAUCGCUGGAUAUAUCAUUGGAAAAGUGGAAGGAGCUGGCGCCAAUUGGCACGGCCACGUCUCGGCCAUCUCCGUCGCGCCGGAGUUUCGGCGGACGGGCGUGGCCAAUCGGCUCAUGGAGUACUUGGAGGAGGUCAGCGAGGAGAUGCACGAUUGCUACUUUGUGGAUUUGUUUGUGCGCCCGACCAACACAGCAGCCAUCAAGUUUUACGAAGGCUUGGGCUACGUGAUUUACCGUACUGUGACUGGGUACUAUUCUGGAGAUGAGGAUGCCUAUGAUAUGCGCAAGCCUCUUCGUCGAGUGCUUUGGUUGUAGAAUCCGGGAAGACACAACGUGUUGCUUCCGUUUUGGCGACUUUCCGCCCAGGACGACCAAAGGAAAUCAGCUGCUUGGCUACUGGUUUGAUGGAAGAAUUGAAGCCCCAGUUUGGCAGUCUGACUGCCACACCCGAAACUGGCAAAACGUUAGAAAGAACGGAGGUAAUUACAACAAACGUAUCAGUUUGCAUGGCUUUCAUUCUUGCAGACAGAAUGUUGUUCGUUUGGACAUCACGAAAGGUGCCUCCGACUUGACUUGACUUGACUUGAGGUUGAGAAUGCGGGCUAUCGAAUAUCGCCUGAGCAGCUGCAUGCUUCCGCUUAGGGCAAAAGUGAGAAAGCUCGUCAUUGCAAAUGUGAGCGCAUUUCUUGAAGGCUCAUCCGUGGACGGUGUCAAGGUCUUUUCUUGGCUCGCUUUCUUCAGAGGUAUUGGGCUCAAUACAUCUAUGAAGCCAUUCAUG